CUUCCCUGACAGAGAGAAACCAUUGGCUUGCUUUCCUUUGCUUGCCUGGAGCUGAAAAGAUGAAGGUGGUGAACUUGGGAGGCGAUCCAUCUGAAAUCUAUCGGCCAGAUGUCCACUUUGAGAGUGGAAAGCCCAAGGAUGACUACCGAAAUUUCAAGGACAGUCCACUGAUGGAGCGAGUGUACAACACUUACCUUCAGAUGCACACAAACCAGACGGUGGACUUUGUGCAGAAGAAGCAUGAGGAAUACGGUGGCUGCCGCCUCCGCCAGAUGACCGUCAUGGAAGCCCUGGACCUGCUGGACAACGUGGUGGACGAGUCGGACCCCGACGUCGACUUCCCCAACUCCUAUCACGCCUACCAGACGGCGGAGGGCAUUCGGAAGGCGCACCCGGACAAAGAUUGGUUCCACCUGGUCGGACUGCUGCAUGACAUGGGGAAGAUCCUGGCGCUGGUUGGAGAACCUCAAUGGGCCGUGGUGGGAGACACUUUCCCGGUGGGCUGCCAGGUCCAAGGCUCGGUCGUCUUCCAUGACUCCACUUUCCAUGACAAUCCAGAUGUGAAGAACCCCUUGUACAACACCAAGUAUGGCAUGUACCAACCCAACUGUGGCUUGGAGAACGUCCUGAUGUCUUGGGGACAUGAUGAGUACAUGUACAAAGUCAUGAAGUACAAUAAGUUCACCCUUCCUCAAGAGGCUUUCUAUAUGAUUCGCUUCCACUCCUUCUAUCCCUGGCACACGGGAGGCGAUUACAUGCACCUCUGCAACGAAGAGGAUCUCCGGAUGCUUCCUUGGAUUAAAGAAUUCAACAAAUUCGACCUCUAUACCAAAUCUGAGGACCUUCCAGACCCCCAGGAGCUGAAGCCUUACUACCAAGGCCUCAUAGACAAGUAUUGUCCAGGUCAGUUGUCCUGGUGAAGAUGACCCUGGAUGAGAUCUACUUGGGACUCGCUGACCCCACAGACGUUCUAGAUUUUAGCGGGAUUGGCAGAUACACCAGUCCUUUCAUGACUUAGCUUCCGUGAUGGAAGAACCCAGGAAAAGGCACCUUCCACCUUUUGCAAUCAGCCAGAGGCACCAGAAGUACAGAGAAAUGUAUUCAGAGUGAAACGAUAGCUUUGCCUAAAAAUCAAUAAAAUGCAAUUCAAGAUUAUAGAUUAAGAAAGGUUUUUGUUGGGUUCUGUAUAGGUCAGCAGAGAUGAUUAUGGCAAAGGUACCCUAAAGGCACCGGAUCCCAUCUGAUCUUGGAAGUUAAGCCAGGUCAGCC